UUCAAAAUAUUCACUUCGUUCAAUUCUGAGCUAAAAUUUAAAUUUGCUUUUUUGCGAAAAAUAGCGUUCCAAGACGACUGAAAUGUUAAAAUUAGGCAAGAAAAAACUCCGAAAGUCCCUCAACAGUUCCAAGUGGGAGGAAGCCGCACAAUCGGACGAUGAAACGACAGAGCAACAAGCACGAGUGGCACCUCCUGAAAGUGACGACGAUGACGACGGUGAAUCCGAAAACGACCAAAACUCGGAAGCAGAACCUUCCGACGAUGCGGAAGAGGAAUGCGAUGACGGUGAGGAAGAAUCUGAAAAACCUGCUACCAAGCGGUCGAAGGUCAAGUUGGUUACACCACUGAAUAUAAAGAAGAAACCGGGAGUCAUCUUCAUCUCUUCGAUCCCGAAGCACAUGAACGUAACGAUACUGCGCGAGCUAUUGGAACCCUAUGGGGACGUGGGGCGGAUUUAUUUGCAACCGGAACGUAAAGGUGGGUCAAUUAAGAAGAAAACGGCCAGAGGCAAACGCGCCAUGAUUCGGUAUACCGAAGGAUGGGUAGAAUUUAAGCGGAAACGUGUGGCGAAAGCCGUGGUUGAGUUUCUCAACACUAAACCGAUCAGCAUCAAGAAGAAGUCGGUCUUUUGCGACAUCCUGUGGAGCAUGAAGUACCUGCCGCGGUUCAAGUGGAUCCAUCUGAGCGAACGGUUGUCAUACGAGCGGGCAGUGUUCAAACAGAAGCUGCGGACGGAAAUCGCCCAGGCGCGCAAGGAAGCCAGUUUCUUCCAGAGCCAUCUGGACCAGAGCGAAGCUGUGCGGAAAAAGGCGAAAAAGGAAAAGAUGGCCAAUAAAGAGGACUAGUUCGGAA